GCAGGGCUAUGAGUAGAGUGUACUAGUACACCGUACUAUGAGUUCCAUCUCAAGCAGCUUUCCCGGGGCAGCUUGCGCGGUGCGAAAUGACGGCUUUUUUCGCGGCCGGCGAGUGAUGCGUGCAGAAGCUAGCCGUCGCGACAGAAGGUUUACCUUGCUCGAAGCGCGGAGACGCAUUCCUGUAAGCUGCGCCGAUGAGGGGGCCCACACAAGUGGAACUGCUGAGGACGAACAGGGUAGCGACGAUGACGCGCAACCAUUCACAAAUCGUAUUAUGCGGUGGAAGCAACGAAAACAGCUACUGAAGGCUGUGGCUGGAAAACAAAAGGCCCCAUUCCGACCACCUAGCUGCAAACCAAGUCCUCUGCCAGCUUUGCCGGACUUUGCAUCGUUCCGCCAACGACACCUGCGCUACUAUGACAGCAUCCGCCACACGUUCAUCACCGAUGCAACAUCAGUGGGCAGCUGUGUUGACUGCCAUGACAACUUCAAGGCUGCACAUGUAGCUUCCAAGGAUUCAGAGCGGCCUCCCUGGAACGACUCGACGCAGCUGUCGUUUGCUCCCGUUGGUUUCCAGUUUCAGUGUCAGCUGCCUGGAAGCAAGCGUGCUGCGACGAAGGCAGCCAGGAAGGCAGAAAAAGGCAAGGCUAUCGAGGUGAAGCCCAACACCAGCCGGAAUGCGACAGGACAGCAAAAGGAAACUACCCUGGAACUUCCAGACUUCUCGUUCCUGUUUCAGCCCGUGCACUUCUCGCCCCUGUUUCGAGACAAAAAAGUGAACAAAGCAGAGAAGACAUCAAAGCGGGGUGUCCUUCCAAGUGGGAGUAACUCUGGAUCGUCUAGCCAGGACGUUAAACUUCGGGGAUCGAUGCGACCGCAUGAAGGGAGCAAGAACAUGCCUGGUGUUGUACGAGAAGCAUCAAAGAAAUCAGAUGUUACCUCCAAGGAAAACCAAGAACAAAAGCUGAAGCAAGCUACUAUAGAACCGGACUUGUCAUUCCGGUUUGAGACCUUGCGGUUGUCGCCCCCUGUUCCAGCCAAAAAAGUGAACAAAGCAGAGAAGACAUCAAAGCGGGGUGUCCUUCCAAGUGGGAGUAACUCUGGAUCGUCUAGCCAGGACGUUAAACUUCGGGGAUCGAUGCGACCGCAUGAAGGGAGCAAGAACAUGCCUGGUGUUGUACGAGAAGCAUCAAAGAAAUCAGAUGUUACCUCCAAGGAAAACCAAGGUGGCCCGGGGCUUUCCUCGUUAUCGCCGCACAGUAAAAGAUCGCUAGGCAAACAAGCCAAUCUCGGCUCUGUUCCUGCAGACAAGGAAAAUGUGGGAAAGUGCCGCUACAACCUGAGGCAAGCAAAGCCAGGUUCCAAAAAGCCAUGACUGGCAUCAAGCCAUGAUCAACCAUGACUUACUUGAUGCCCAUGGCUUCUGAAGAAGCACUGGUGUGGUGUGGCGCGAGCCAAAGGGGCCCUGAACUAAGAGCUCCACCCUACGAGGAAGUUGCCCCACCUCAUUAAAAAUGUUUUCUCACUCUCUACCUUCAUACACUAAUGUCCACAGCAGCUGUGAUGUACUAGCCAAAAGACCCUUUCCAUAAUGGUAAAGCUAGAUUUCCUGCGAGGCAGAUUACCCAACUAAUGUUAAUGUCAUUUUUACAAAAAGUCUCUACAAGCACAGUUUGCUUCUAUUAUGACAUGGAAAAUGUAGGCAUGGCUAUUGUGAUGAAAUCACGCCCAAGUGUGUGCAUCUAGCACUUCGUCUUCAUUGGAACAAUGGUCAGCCCUGCCAUUAGUUGGCUAAUGUGCAUCGCAGAGAUGUGCACUUGCGAAUUAUGAAAAGUGUCUAUUGUCAGGUGGCCUACAUAUAUAUAUGUUGCACCAAGCAAGUCUGCAAGUGUCAAUUGGUCAUAUCUCUUUCAGGUGCUAUGUGUGCAAAUGUGCACCGAAGAUAGUACAUCAAAAUUAAGGCAACUGAUGAAGAUAUUUACAAUAUGUCACAUAGAUGUUGCAAUACUUCCGAUCUUACCUAAGUUUGA